CCGGCCUGCCACAACUACGGCGUGCCUGGAUGUCCAAGGAACUACAAUCCAGUUUGUGGGACGGAUGGAAAGACCUACUCCAACGAGUGUGUGCUCUGCCUUUCCAACAGUGAAAAUAACAAGGAUGUCCAAAUUUUCAAGAUGGGAAGAUGCUGA